AUGACGCACAAGGUCUUCGGACAGCGCGAGGGAAUGGAAGCUUUCCUGGCCCCCGCGGCCCGCAGCGUCCACAAGCGAAGAUCCAUCGCAUGGGUGCCCGACGAGGUUGACAACGCUGCGAACACUGCGGAAGAGAAUGGCGCGGCAGAGAAUCUCUCGCCGGGAUGCACCAGUGACCAGUGGACAUAUUCGAGGACGACCGGCAUCCCAGAAAUGUGGUCCCUGAAAGGCCAAGUCGCCGAGGCCGCCCGCCUGGCCGCCCUCCGGGAUCGGCUCGCGGGAAUUCUCGGGGGUCCCGUGGUCGAGCUCCGCUCGGACUUGCAGAAGCUGCGCGCGGAUGCCGUGGAGGCGGAUUGA